GUGAAUCCUGUUGCAGAUCAGUUCUGUGUGUUGUAGUUCUGCGCUCCCCCCCUCACCCUCACUCACAUUCACUCUGCAGGAAGGUCAUCGCAGCACACACUGCCGCACAUCAUCACACACACAGUUACAUGCACACAGCUUCACUUCUUCAUCUCAGAGUCAAUCACUAACAACUGAAGAUGGGAAAAAUUAACGGAUGCCUCAAGUGCCUCUUCAUCUUCUUCAAUGUGCUGUUUGCAAUCAUCGGAUGUCUGCUGAUCUACGGGGCGGUGAGGGCUAGCACCUACAACCAACAGCUGUCGGUGACUGGGGGCCCGGCCGUGGGUUGGUCUUGGGUGUUUGCCAUCGGCGUCCUCGGCAUCUCCUGCCUGGGAAUCUAUGCAGGCUGCUCCGAGAAAGGCCUCGCCCUCAAAAUAUUUGCAGGCUUCAUGGGGAUUGGAAUGAUCAUCAUGCUGAUCUUUGGCAUCAUUGUUGCUGUCACAAGGAACCAGCUGAAGGAGAGCUUACACAGCGCCUCCUCUGAGGUGGCAAAGAUCUACGUGGAAAACGAUGACAUGCGAACUAUGCUCGAGGACCUACAGCAAUCUGUCCAGUGCUGUGGAGUGGUGAGCGCCAAGGACUGGGGUGAUGUUAUCCCUAACUCCUGUCAGUGCAGCUCACAUGCAGAAUAUAGAGUAUUUGGAUCAGAAUGUAUGUCCAGACCUCAGGGAACCCAAGGCCCAGACCAAAUCUACAAACAGACCUGUGGUGACUUCAUCUUUUCGUUGGCCGACUUCGUCUUCAAGAUCUUCAUGGGCUUCUUAUUUGGAUUUGCUGUCACCGCAUUGCUGGGCCUGCUGGUCUCCCUCCUGAUGAUCCAUCAAGUCAAACGUUAUGACAGCGCAGGAGGAGCGUCCAUUGCAAUGAAGGGAUACUGAAGGGAACCCUUCGUACCCAGCCCCUGACCCAGUGGUCAAUACAUGAUCUCUUCUUUUUUUUUAAUGCCAUUUCUGCCUUUUAAGAGAGCGACAGCGAAAGCAGGAGAGGGAGGAUGUGGCAUGCUGCAGAGAGAUUUAAUUUGUGAGCAAAAGUGCAGCCUUGCAGCAUUUUUGUCUUUCAGCUUGCUAUUGAAGAAAUAUUGCAAUUAUUUUUGUGAAUCAUUAUAUCUCUUUCGUGUUAUUUGAUGGUAUGCAGUAUUAUAGUGGUCUUAUGUAACAGAGACAUAUUGUAGAAAAGAGGCAAUUUUUAAACUUUCACCACAUCUGACUACUGCUCUAUUAACCCGAGGAGAUCAUAACAUCAGAGUUACUACCUGUGAUUUUAACAGCAACUGUAUAACAGGUUGUAGAAAAGGUUUCAGUCGUAGUCACCUGGACAUUCUCAUUCACAAUUGAGAAAGACUUCCGGAUGGGAGCCGAAACGUCUUGAUUCUGAAAACAGUGUCCAGAUGACUACGACUGAAACCUUUUCUACGAUGGAACACUCCUGGACGAAUGCGGGACUACACCGUCUGUAUAACAGGUUGGAAAAUCCUCCUUUUCCAUCUUAGGCCCUGGACUGGGAAACAAAACUGCCAGACUUGAUUGCUCUUGAAACAUCAGCAUACAGACAUAAGAUAAAAGACUCUUCAUAUCCAGGCAAAUGUUUUUGUAAAAACUAUGAUUGCACUCGAAAUUUUAAAAAUAAAAAGCAACCUGAAGAUUAUUUCUGAAGGAAUUACCAACAUAAAAAGGUACCAACAAAAAUUUCAGAACCUCCUCGGGUUAAAAACACGUCAGAAGAACACUUAAGCUGUCACCUGUCUGUGCGUUUGUAAAAAAUGUAGGACAAUGGACUAUAUAUAUAUAUAUAUAUUCCAAAGCUGUGUGUAUGUGUAUUUCAUCUAAUUUUCAUUUAAUGUUUAUUUGAUAGGGACAGAUACAGUAUACAUAGAGAAUUGCAUAAUAAUUAUCCCAUGCAGUUUAUCACAGCAUUUAUAGCUGCUGUUAAUUUCCAAUGCACAUCCCUAGAUGGGUGUUUAAAAUAACAGGCAUAAAACAUAUUCACAGACAACAAAAUUAAAUGUAGUGCAUUUUGUUGGCCUUAAGAACAGCUGUAUGAAUUGCUGGCAUACACAUACAAGAUGAUAAGAAGACAUAAGAUUACAUAACUCUCCCAGAAUUUACUGGGGAUUAAUUUCACUGAGGAUGAAGCCAUGUGACAAACCAAACAACAGCUCAGGGUUACAAGUUUUCAGAUAUCCCACACAACAUCUCACCCCCCAUUGACAAAGACUUAAGUGGUAGAAAAAUACUGUGACAGGAACUGUUUUAUUGUGAAAUCUGCACUCGUAUCAUUUUAGAAUAAACUCCAGAGACUGAAUAGCCA